GAAGGAGGAACUUACAUUGAAGUAUGAUAGCAUAAUUGGAUCGUCAUUAUAUGAAAUUAUGAUGCUGGGAGUAAGGUCUGAUACAAUAUUUUUAGGGUUUAUUUAAUUACAGUUUUAUUUUUUAACUUUUAAAAUUGUGUCAUAUAUCACAUUGAUCAUAAAUUCAAAAAAUAUUUGAGAAGAAAGUAAAGAUUUGAUGAUUUUAUACAUAUGGGGGCUUUUUUUGAUGCAAAUACAUAUGGGAUAUGGGGGCUUUGACCCUCUAUGUAAAAAAAAUGAUUUUAUACUAAGAAAUUUAUAUUUAUCUCAGGGACACGUUAAAACUUAAACUUAAUGUUCACAAAGACCCUAAAUUCAAAUUGGUAUGAGAUAGAACAAAGAGAAAAAGAGAUAAGAUAAUGUUUUGUGGACUCUAAAUUCAAAUUAGUAUGAACUAGAAACAGAUAGAAGACAGGCAAGAUAUCAUGUGAUCGAAAAUUAGAUAAGAAAAAAAAGAUAAACUAGAUAUGAUUUAUGAAUUGUUGAUAACGUUGGAGUGUUCAAAAAUUACUAAAUUAGUAUUCAAAUCAAAUCAAGUCAAAUUAUGAUCUAUAUAACCAAAUUUCAGCACCAAAUCAAAUCAAUAGGACAGAAUCUUCAACCCUUCUUCCACUCCUCAAAUUCAGAACACUCUCAAACAACCCUAUCCUUUUACCAAACUAAUUUCAUUAAUUUUGUGUAACUCUCCAACACCAUCACUUCAUAUUCAACAACCACAUUAUUCUUCUUCUUCUUCUCUUCCAAGAAACACACCAUGGUAACUCUCCAACAACCACCAGUGUUUAAUUCCUCAUCAUCUUCUUCUUCAUUGAAACCCCAGUUGAGAUUCUUCACCGAAAAGCAUGUGGGGAACUCUUGUUUGGUCCUCAGGCGCAAAACCAUGAAGGUGAAAGCCAGUUUAGGACAGAGCCACUGCGAGUUCCGAAGCCUCAACACGCCCCUUGAACCAAGAACCAAUGUAGGGAAGUUCCUCAGUGGUGUUCUUCAGAAUCACCCCCAGUUGUUUCACAUUAAUGCAAAGGAAGAGUUGAAACUUUUGAGUGAUGAUAGAGAUUCUGCUGUUUCUCGCAUGCUUCUUAGUCAAGGUUCUGAUGAAGCAUUGCUUCACAGGAGGAUUGCAAAGUUAAAGGAUAAGGAGUGUGAGAUUGCUGUAGAAGAUGUCAUGUAUAUGCUGAUUUUGCAAAAGUUCUCCGAGAUCAGGGCACCUCUGGUUCCAAAGCUCUCUAGUUGCAUAUACAAUGGAAGGCUAGAGAUAUUGCCUUCUAAGGAUUGGGAGCUAGAAUCUCUUCACAGCCCGGAAGUUUUGGAUAUCGUAAGGGAAUACACGAGCCUUGUAACAAACUUGAAAGCAAAUCCUAGCAUAAAUGAGACCUGGGCAACGACUACGACGCAAAAACCCCGGCUUCGUGGAGUCUAUGUUGCUUCCAUAUUAUAUGGUUAUCUUUUGAAGUCAGUUUCAUUGAGAUACCACCUAGAACGAAGCCUAUCUUUGUCAACUCAUGAUGAUCCUUAUGCUGGUCAUGGGUCCAAAGGUGUGAUCUUUGGCCAAAAGAAGAGUCUUGUACAAUAUGAAUGGCAAGGCUUGGUAAGAGAGGAAGAGAAAAUUGAAGGUUUGAAAAGUUAUGUCAUGGGCUUUCACACUCUAUUGUUGCAAAGAUGUGGCACACUGAGAUCUAAGGAAGCUGUGAAUAUGGUACGCAGUCAUAGUCAAGCACUUUUUGGGAAGGAGAAAUCUGCUUCAUCUGAGCAUGAUGAUGGUGAUGAUGAUGCUAUUUUAACUUCGUUUUCUAGUCUGAGGAGGCUAGUCUUGGAAGCUGUUGCUUUUGGAUCCUUCCUCUGGGAGGCAGAAGAUUACAUUGAGAGUGUAUAUAAGCUUAAAUACCAUGAACCAUAGUUAAGGAUCCGGAUCAGGCGUAUUUUCUUUGUAUAUAAGUGAGUUUUGGCCUUAGUUUUUUAGCUUUACAUCAAUUUUAUAUUUGUAUACUUAUAGUAUGAGUUAACUAAAAAAUGUACAGUUUUAGUGCUUGAUUAUUUACCUGCGGGAUUUAAUUCGUUACA